GGUUCUCAGUAUUAAAGAUACAUCUCUGUAUUUAUCCCCGCCAUCGAUUCAAUUCCUUUCGUGACUAGCGUUUGUGACAGUCGGCUUAAAUUUAAUAUUAAACAAUUUUUAUUAUAAUAAUAAAUCUAUCUUAAAGAUGUUUUUAACACGUUCUGAAUAUGAUCAUGGUGUUAAUACUUUUUCUCCAGAAGGAAGAUUAUUCCAAGUUGAAUAUGCUAUAGAAGCUAUAAAACUUGGUUCCACUGCCAUUGGAAUUGCAACAUCAGAAGGUGUUGUUUUAGUUGUGGAAAAACGUAUUACUUCCAGUUUAAUGGAACCCACAACUGUAGAAAAAAUUGUAGAAAUUGAUAAACAUAUUGGAUGCGCAGCAUCAGGCUUAAUAGCUGAUUCUAGAACAAUGAUUGAUCGUGCUAGAGUGGAAUGUCAAAACCAUUGGUUUGUCUAUAAUGAAAGAAUGUCUGUAGAAUCAACAGCACAGGCUGUAUCAAAUCUAGCUAUACAAUUUGGAGACAGUGAUGAUGAUGGUAGUGCUAUGUCAAGACCAUUUGGUGUAGCAAUGUUAUUUGCUGGUAUUGAUGAAAAAGGACCUCAAUUGUAUCAUAUGGAUCCUUCUGGUACCUUUGUACAAUUUGAUGCCAAAGCUAUUGGAUCAGGAAAUGAAGGUGCACAACAAAAUCUUCAGGAAGUUUAUCAUAAGUCUAUGACACUUCAAGAAGCAAUAAAAGCAGCUUUGGUUAUAUUGAAACAAGUUAUGGAAGAGAAACUAAGUGAUAAUAAUAUAGAAGUAAUGACAAUGACACCUGAAAAACUGUUUCAUAUGUUCACAAAAGCUGAAUUACAGGAGGUGAUUAAAGAUAUUGCUUAAAAUUUAGAGCACUUAAAACAUGUUAAUUUUAUUGACAUGAAUAUAUACAUUUAUGAACAAGAGAAGUGUGCUAUGCAAAUGUUGUAUAUCUGCAAAUUAUAUAUACAUUUUUCAUUUAAAGAAUAUGGAAUUUUUACAUGAUAAAUGAUUUUGUACUUUUUCCUUUUCAAUUCAGAUAUGAAAAUAGUAAA